AACCUUUUAAAUAAUCAGAUGAAAAAAAUUAUUUUCGACAUAUUGGGCUAUCCUUUAUUAGUGCUUUUUCAGCUUUCGUGUCUUAAAAUUUACUGCCCAGUAGCAUGUUGUAUAAGGCAAGAAAGCAGCUCUCGUUAUAGCUACUAUUGUUGCGGAAGCGCAGAAGGACCUGGUCCUGGAUGGAUAUAUCGAGAGAGGCCAGAUGGAAGAAAUAAUCGUAUUACCUACAGCAGCGUAAGGAUCGACUGGUGGAACUCAUUGCUCAUCUCUUUAGCACUUUCUAUCAUACUUUCAGUGCUUCUUUCCCUUCUUUGCUGUUUCAUUUGUGCGAGAAGACGUAGAUGA